UGGAGGGGAGGCAGGCGGGAGCUACCUAGCAAGGUGCACGCACGGCGAAACCAGCCACGUUUUUGAAUGAGCGUUGUGGGGUGGCGAACGCAGCGCGAAGUUUUGCGUAUGAAUGAAUUGUCUCCAUUUUUUGGGACAGAUGCAUGUGCGCACCCCGACAAAACUCAACAUAAACUCCGGCAGACGCACAGAUACGUUCAACCUUUGAGCCAGCUACACUACCUAGCGCACACGAGAGAGAGAGAGAGAGAGAGAGAGAGGAGCGCUCCCGGAGAAGCACAGACUCGUGAGAGAGAGAGAGAGAGAGAGAGAGAGAGAGAGAGAGAGAGGGGCGCUCCCGGAGAAGCACAGACACGUGAGAGAGAGAGCGAGAGAGAGAGAGAGAGAGGUGCGUUCCCGGAGAAGCACAGACACGUGAGAGAGAGAGAGAGAGAGAGAGAGAGAGAGAGAGAGAGAGAGAGAGAGAGAGAGCGGACGGAUAUGGCGUCGAUGGAAAUGCGGGAAGCAAACGGUGGAGAUUGCUUGUCAGAGACUGCGAGCUCAGGUUUGGCGGCAGCGAUGGAAAUGACGCGAAAAAUGGGUGUCUCGCAAGCAGAGGGAAAUGGCGCGAAAAAUGACAUGUCAGUGGACGAUUGCAUGAUCCCUUCGGCCAUCCCGGUUUUGAGCUCCAAUGUCGAAACGUAGUUCACGGCGCUUGAUUAUCUCUACUGUUUGAACCUGUUUCAGCUUCUUCUACCUUUAGGUUGCCCUUCUCUUCCACUCAUAGAGAGAUGGUUAAUGGAAGGCCCAAAAUUUGGGGGGGUUCGCCGCAUCACAACAAGCAAUGUCGUUGAAAAUUUGCGAACAAACAAUUAAUGUGAUC